CAACAUCAACAUCGUUGCUCAAAUAGGAGAUACUGGUUUCGUCAGCACUGCGGUGACCAACGCUUACGAGUCGAUGCGACAAUGCCGUGAUUGCCGUGAAAUGUCUGAGAAGUUGCUCACAGGGUAAGGAGAGUACAUACAUAUAUCAACCAAGAUGGCCGCCGUCAUGGGGUUGAGGUUCGAACGAUAUCCCAAACCGACACAAGACUGCCGCGUGCAAUUAUCGCAGAAGCAGCCGAAGAGACCCAGACGACCACCAUGACAACCGCAGCUCCCCUAUACACGACUUCGAAUGGUCGGCCAAUCACCUAUGCCACCGCAUCACAAACAGUCGGCAGCCAUGGACCCAUCCUCCUCCAGGACUUCCACCUCAUCGACCUUCUCGCACACUUUGACAGAGAACGUAUCCCCGAACGGGUGGUCCAUGCCAAAGGCGCAGGAGCAUUCGGUGAAUUCGUCGUGACCCACGACAUCACUGACCUUACCUCUGCCGACAUCUUCAGUGCCGUGGGCAAAAAGACCAAAGUCGCUGUCCGCUUCUCGACGGUCGGCGGCGAAAAGGGCUCCUCCGACUCAGCACGCGACCCUCGCGGCUUCGCCAUCAAGUUCUACACGGAAGAGGGCAAUUGGGACAUUGUGUGCAACCACACGCCCAUCUUCUUCAUCCGCGACGGUGUCAAGUUCCCAACCUUCAUCCACACACAAAAACGCAACCCGCGCACGAAUCUUAAGGAUGCGACCAUGUUCUGGGACUUCUUGUCCAGCAAUCAAGAAUCAGUACACCAAGUCGUCCAGCUCUUUUCAGACCGUGGCACGCCCGCCUCAUACCGUAACGUUGACGCCUUCUCGGGCCACACCUUCAAAUUCACCAAAGCGGACGGCACAUUCAAGUACGUCAAGUUCCACUUCAAGACGGACCAGGGCCACAAGGACCUCACGAACGAAGAAGCCGCGGAGCUCAGCAAGACGAACCCAGACCACGCAACGGAGGAUCUCUUCGAAGCCAUCCAGCGCGGCGAGUUCCCAAGCUGGACUCUCUAUGUGCAAAUCCUUGACCCCAAAGAGGCCGAAAACUUCCGCUUCAACAUUUUCGAUGUCACAAAAGUGUGGCCACACUCCGACGUACCCUUACGGCCCGUAGGGAAGAUGACCCUCAAUCACAAUCCAGACAAUUACUUCGCGGAGGUCGAGCAAUUGGCCUUUUCGCCCGCACACCUGAUCCCCGGCGUUGAACCUUCCGCCGAUCCCAUGCUGCAGGCCAGACUGUUCUCGUACUCCGACACGCACCGCCACCGUCUGGGCGUGAAUUACCAGCAAAUUCCCGUGAACAAGCCUCUGCAUGCAUUCGCGCCCUUCCAACGCGACGGCUCAAUGGUGACAUCCACCAACUACGGCUCCCUUCCCAACUACCCGUCUCCCCUGAGACCCAACACGUACGCACAGAUCGACACCACGCUCCAACACGAGACAUGGGUCGGCCAAGCAGUGUACAAUCUCCAGCCCGUGACGGACGAGGACUUCGUCCAGGCGAACAGUCUGUGGGAAGUGCUCGGUUGCACACCCAAUCAGCAGGACCAUCUUGUCCACAAUAUCUCCGUGCACUUGUUUGCCGCGAUCAAGCCUGUCCGUGAUCGCACGUACGGUAUGUUCGAGCGCGUGAAUCCCACGCUGGGCAUGAGAGUGAGAGAAGAAACCGAGAAGGUCCGAAAAGGGAAGGGGUUGAGUUCCAAUGAGUAAGGUUUACUCACGGUUGACUUGGCGUACGUCGUUUUAUCUGCUUUUCGUUCCACUCACUCCCACUCUUACAUAUACUAUGUCGAGACGACUGCAUGAUAUACCUGAAUAUGUUAUGACCCUGUAAUGAUUUCACCUCCAUGCAAAGGGACCAACUGUAAAUGUCCACGGUUUCUUCUCCACGUAAUCACGGAAACGAUGCUUCACAGCGUGGGCCUCGCCCUCGCACACUCAACCUGGUUAGUCUUGAGGAUGGAGGUAUCGCGUCGGAAUCGACCGCUCGCAUAAGAGGAGUUCAAAGGUCUCUUGUUAGUCCGAGAGAAACUUAUAUCCGGUGGUGUCACGCAGUCAGGGAUCGGCUUAGGAACGAUCAAGUUCUG